CAUUUUUUGGGCGCCAGUUGUUGGUAGUUUUGUUGUCAUUCUCCAAAACAGAUGAUUUGCAAUCGGAACUUGUUUUUGAAUCUCAUCAACAAAGCUACCACUCUCUCUCAUCUCAGCCAAACCCACACCCAAAUCAUCCUCAACGGUCUUCACAACGACCUCAUAACGGUCACUAAGCUCACCCACAAGCUCUCAGACCUCAAUCACAUACACCACGCAAGUCUCCUCUGUUCCACAUUUCCCAAUCCUGAUCUAUUCCUCUUCAAUGUCCUCAUCAGAGGCUUCUCAAAGAACAACUCACCUCACAAUGCUCUUUCUCUCUAUCUUCACCUUCGCACAAACACUACCCUUAAGCCUGAUAACUUUACUUAUGCUUUUGUUGUAUCUGCAUCGUCAUCUUUGUCUGAGAAAGUGGGUUUGUUGCUUCAUUCCCAUUCAAUUGUUGAUGGGUUUUGCUCGGAUUUGUUUGUUGGGUCUGCUCUUGUUGAUAUGUAUUUUAAUUUUUCAAAGGUUUUAUCUGCGUAUAAGGUGUUUGAUGAAAUUCCCAAUCCAGACACUGUUUUGUGGAAUACAAUGAUUUCUGGGUUAGUGAAAAAUUGUUUCUUUAGCGAGUCGAUGAGGGUUUUUUGUGAUAUGGUUGUAGGUGGGACCCAAUUCGACUCAACAACGUUGACUGCAGUGCUUCCAGCUGCAGCAGAGUUGCAGGAGUUGAGAGUUGGGAUGAUGAUUCAGUGUUUGGCAGUGAAGGUUGGGUUUCAUUGUCAUGAAUAUAUUCUUACGGGUUUGAUUUCGUUGUAUUCAAAAUGCGGGGAAAUUUUCACAGCGAGGUCAUUGUUUGAGCAGAUUGGGUACCCUGAUUUGAUAUCUUAUAAUGCAAUGAUUUCUGGGUUUUCUUGUAAUAAUGAGACUGAGUCUUCAGUGAGGCUCUUUAAAGAAUUGCUUGUUUUGGAAUUGAGAGUCAAUUCAAGCACCGUUGUAGGUUUGAUUCCUGUUUUUUCUCCCUUUGGUCGUUUGGAUCUAACACAUUCAAUUCAUUGUUUCUGUUUGAAGUCUGGUAUGGUUUCAAAUCCCUCAGUAUCGACUGCUUUAACUACUGUCUAUAGUCGAUUGUGCGAAAUUGAAUCUGCGAGGCAGCUUUUUGAUGAUUCCCCAGAGAAAAGCUUGGCUUCGUGGAAUGCUAUGAUUUCAGGAUAUGCCCAAAAUGGGCUAACGGAAAUGGCAAUAUCUCUAUUCCGGGAGAUGCAGGUGUUUGAAAUCCGUCCAAAUCCUGUCACAAUUACAAGUAUUCUAUCAGCAUGCUCUCAACUUGGAACUCUUAGUCUAGGGAAAUGGGUCCAUGAUUUAAUAAAGAAAGAGAGUUUUGAGUCCAACAUUUAUGUGUCAACUGCUUUAAUUGACAUGUAUGCAAAGUGCGGAAGCAUUGUGGAGGCACGGCGGUUAUUUGACACUGUGCAGGAGAAGAAUGUGGUCACCUGGAAUGCCAUGAUUUCUGGUUAUGGCCUCCAUGGGCAUGGACAUGACGCACUUAACCUCUUUACUGAAAUGGUAGAUUCAAGGAUUUCCCCAACUGGGGUUACUUUCCUUUCUGUCUUGUAUUCUUGCAGUCAUGCUGGCUUGGUGAGAGAAGGAGAGGAGAUUUUCCAUUCUAUGGUCCAUGAUCAUGGUUUUGAGCCCUUGGCUGAGCAUUAUGCUUGCAUGGUUGACCUUCUUGGUCGAGCUGGAAAAUUAGAGAAGGCCUUGGAAUUCAUUAAAAGAAUGCCUGUUGGGCCAGGCCCUGCUGUAUGGGGUGCAUUACUUGGUGCUUGCAUGAUUCAUAAGGACACAAACCUUGCACAGUUGGCUUCUGAUAAGUUGUUUGAAUUGGACCCACAAAAUGUAGGAUACUAUGUCCUACUCUCUAACAUAUACUCAGCUGACCGGAACUAUCCUCAGGCUGCUUCAGUUCGACAGGUGGUUAAGAAGAGAAAUCUGGCAAAGAUUCCUGGGUGUACCCUUAUAGAGGUUAAUGGGACCCCACAUGUCUUUACAUCCAGUGACCAGUCUCACCCACAAGCAGCUGCAAUCUACUCAAAACUAGAGAAGUUGAUGGGAGAGAUGAGGGAGGCUGGAUUUCAGACAGAGACUAUCACAGCAUUGCAUGAUGUGGAGGAGGAGGAGAAGGAGCUAAUGGUGAAGGUUCAUAGUGAGAAGUUGGCCAUUGCUUUUGGGCUUAUAGCUUCUGAACCGGGAACGGAGAUCCGGAUCAUCAAGAAUCUUCGGGUGUGUUUAGACUGUCAUAAUUUUACGAAAUUCAUAUCCAACAUCACAGGAAGAGUUAUAGUUGUAAGGGAUGCUAAUAGGUUCCAUCAUUUCAAAGAUGGUGUGUGUUCUUGCUUAGAUUACUGGUGAAUUUUUUUUUAAUUUUUCUCCACCAAUGAAAAAUGCCUGGGUUGGGAUUUGGGAUUUACAUCUUAAAGUCAUUUUGAUCAAUAUGGUUGCCUGUGGACUGGGUUUUUGUGUUUAAACGGAUGAUGACCUAAGUCAUGCCAGAACAAGGAGGUGGCAUUGUACCAUUCACUCUUGAGAUUCCUCUUGAUCAAUCAAUCUACGCAUCGCUAGCUUAUCCGGCACUACUUGAAGUGUUCAUUAAUUCAUUGUCAGGUUGCCAAUUGAAAAAAAAGAAAAAUUUUAAAAUUCAGUCCCGGAUUCAAUCAUAGUGGAAGUUUUUGUGAAGACACCAUUGCGCUGGCCAAAGAUCAUAUGAUUGGAAGGAAAUUUGGGUUCCUGCAUGUUGAUCAGGAAAUAUUGCUGGAUCCUAACUAUACAAUUCAAAUUUCUUAUUUGGAACGAACCAAAACAUGUUGUAUUCAUUCAAAGAUGCACCAGAUUUCUUGUCAUCCGUGGAUCAUAGCCUGAAUGAAAUGGCAUUGUUUGAUGUGCUGGUACAAAGUGCUGUGAGAUUGAGAAUAGAGUUAUGUUAUGUCUAUUUAACAAAACAAAAUGAAUUCAACAAACUCCAAUUGGAAUCUAACCUGAAUCUUCUUAAAUUAUUCCUUCGGAUUUGUUCCAUGUGAAUCUCAAGCUUUUUGUUAAAUUUUGGGAUGAGAAUCAGCAUGCCAGAUGGGUUUCUUCCUUCCAAGUUCCAAGUUCUCAUCUUUGUUAUUUAGAUGAAGAAAUGUUUUAAAUAUGUGGACAGUGAUUUGGAAAAUGGCUGUUUGAGGUGCCUGUUUGCACAAACAGGUUUUUUUUUAUGGGUUAUUUUCAAAGCUUUAAAUUUAUUGCAGUGUCCAAAGUAUUUAAACUUUUCCUCUACCAAAUUUGUGUUAUUCAAGAUUUAUUUAUUCAGGCAGUGUUCAUAGAGAUGAAAUUGUUCUUUCAUGUUAUCAUUGUCAUCUUUUUGGGACGUGGUGAUGAGUGUGUUCAACAAGCUUGUCAAACUGUUUUUACAUUUUCAAACCAAAAAUUUACUCAUCAAUGUGCUGUGUACAAGUAUAAAAUUUUAAAUCUGUGUCAAAGAACCAUCUGGAAAGCUUUGUUUCUAGGCUAAUUUGGAAGUCGUAACAUAGCAAAAUAUGGCACUGCAGUUUUCAGUUUUGAUGUAGUUCUGUUUAGUGGUUGAGUUUCUGUACAUCAUAAAAUCAACUGAUAGCUAAUUGGCUUGCAUUAAUUUGUUGACAUUACAGUUUUCAAGGGGUAACUAUAAUAAAUGUCUUGCAGUAUGCUCGAACAACAGUGGAUCUUGCACCAUCCCACAAUAUUAUUUGAGUUCUACUUUUGGCUUCAUGGUCUUCUCUUAAUUACAACUAGAAGCAACGUCUUUUCCCUCUUUCCUUACCUUUC